GCAUCAGCGCCCGGGGCCGCCCGGUGGUGCCUCGCGGCCGCCGCCCGGGCCCUGCGCGCUGCCCCGGAGCGGCCCCCGGCUGCCAGACAUGACCGCCAUCAUCAAAGAGAUCGUCAGCAGGAACAAAAGGCGAUACCAGGAGGAUGGCUUCGACCUGGACCUGACCUAUAUUUAUCCCAACAUAAUUGCUAUGGGCUUUCCUGCAGAGAGGCUUGAAGGAGUGUACCGGAACAACAUCGAUGAUGUAGUCAGGUUUUUGGAUUCAAAGCAUAAAAACCAUUACAAGAUAUACAAUCUAUGUGCUGAAAGACAUUAUGACACGGCCAAAUUUAACUGCAGAGUUGCACAGUACCCUUUUGAAGACCAUAACCCACCACAGCUGGAGCUCAUCAAACCUUUUUGUGAAGAUCUUGACCAGUGGCUAAGUGAAGAUGACAAUCACGUGGCAGCAAUCCACUGUAAAGCUGGAAAGGGACGAACUGGUGUAAUGAUUUGUGCAUAUUUGUUGCAUCGAGGCAAGUUUUUAAGGGCCCAAGAAGCCCUAGAUUUCUAUGGGGAAGUAAGGACCAGAGACAAGAAGGGAGUGACAAUUCCCAGUCAGAGACGCUACGUGUACUACUAUAGCUACCUGUUAAAGAAUCACCUGGAUUACAGACCAGUGGCACUGCUGUUCCACAAGAUGAUGUUUGAAACAAUUCCCAUGUUCAGCAGCGGAACUUGCAAUCCUCAGUUUGUGGUGUACCAGCUAAAGGUAAAGAUAUUCACCUCCCCUUCAGGACCCUCACGACGUGAAGACAAGUACAUGUACUUUGAAUUCCCUCAACCUUUGCCCGUCUGUGGUGAUAUCAAAGUGGAAUUUUUCCACAAACAGAACAAGAUGUUGAAAAAGGACAAAAUGUUUCACUUUUGGGUAAAUACAUUCUUCAUAGGACUGGAUGAAAAUUCAGACAAAGUAGAAAAUGGAAGUCUAGUUGCAGAUCAGGAACUUGAUGGUAUUUUCAGUACAGAGCGCUCAGAUAAUGAUAAGGAAUAUUUAAUCCUUACAUUAACAAAAAACGAUCUAGACAAAGCAAAUAAAGACAAAGCCAACAGAUAUUUCUCUCCAAACUUCAAGGUGAAGCUAUUUUUCACAAAAACAGUAGAAGAGCCAUCAAAUCCAGAGGCUAGCAGUUCAACUUCUGUAACACCAGAUGUUAGUGACAAUGAACCUGAUCAUUAUAGAUACUCUGACACCACUGACUCUGAUCCAGAGAAUGAACCUUUUGAUGAAGAUCAGCAUACGCAGAUUACAAAAGUCUGAAUAUUUUUUUUAUCAGAGAUAAAAAAGAACCGUACAAAAAAACAAAAAAAAACAAAACCAUGAAGACAGACAAACUUGAAUAAACUGAAAAAAAAAAAAAGGACCUUUCUAAAUGGCAAAAGGACAUAGUGUCAGAUUACCAGUUAUAGGAACAAUUCUUUCCUGACCAAUCUUGUUUUGCCCUACAAAUCUACAGGGUUUGACGCUUGUCCAGUCGGGGGGGUUAAAGAAAGGUUACGUAGCUCUUAUGUAUAUACCUUUUUGUGUCAAAGGACAUUAAAACUUCAAUUAGGAACUAUAAACAUGGCACUUUCCCAUUUUAUUCCAGUUUUAUAAAAGUGGAGACAGACCUAAUGUGUAUGCGUAGGAAUUUUUCCUUUUGUGUUCUGUCACCAAACGAAGUUUCAAAAACCGAAAAGGAAAAAAAAAAAAAUAUUUACAGGUUCACAUCCUGCCCCUUUUUUUGCACUUGUGUGGCAACAGAAAAGUCUGCAGUUGGCCAAGAGAUGUUUCUAGAAGGUUUUUCCUACAUUGUAAUGCAUGUUUUUUGGAUGGGGGCUGGAAGGUGAUGCUCGGAAAGGAGCGUGGCCUGUGUACCAUAUCCGGCUGUUCCAUGCACCUUUCCUCAGCAUGCUGCCCUAAUUCAUCCGGGACAAUGGGUGAGGAGUCGCCGCUGUCACUGCUUGUUGUUUGUGCAUUUUUCAUUUUUUUAAGUGUAAUGGUGCUAGAAAAGGCAGCUAGAGAGAGUGAUUCUGUCUAGGGGUACAGGAAUGAACCUUCACGACACCCACGAGACCCGCGCUAUGAAGGGAGACAAGGAAUUGGGGUCACGAAAAACAAAACAAAAACAAAACAAAAACAAAAGGAAACACAGCAACAAUGACUUAACCAUACAAAUGUGGAGGCUAUCAACUAAAGUAAGAGCUUGAAACAAAUGGUUACAGAAUUCGACAAUGAUUUAUUGGGAUUUUUUUUCUGAAUUGUAAUGGCUGCUCCAUCUCCUGUGUAAUCAAGGCCAGUGCUAAAAGUCAGAUACUCUUAGUGCAAAAACAUCAGUCAACAUCUUACAUUUAUAUUAGUAGUUUUUCAAUCAUAUUCCUGCUGUGAAUACUUCAUGUGCUGCCUUGCAAGCUUUAUUUUUUUUUUUCCCCUCUCUCAUGAAUAUAAAAAGAUUUUGUAAUGGUGCACAGGAAAUGUCAUUGGAGAUUCUCCAGGUUAGUGUUUGUUUGGAAGAUUUCUGAUGCAUUUAUUCAAUCAAACCUCUGUCAGCCGUUCCACCCCUUUGACCUUACACAUUCUAUUACAAUGAGUUUUGCAGUUUUGCACACUUUUUUUUAAAAAAAAAAAAAAGUCAUUAACUGUUAGGGAAUUUUACUUGAAUACUCAUUACCUGCAAUGUUUAAAAAAACGGACAUUACACACCAGAGACAGGAAACCAGUUUUGCAGUAAAUUCUCAACGCUGUAAAUGAAGAUUAAAAAGCAGAACUUGUCCCAAAUACAUUACUAUCAAAAACAACCCCUCAAACCACCCAACAGAUUGUUUUUCUAAGCCAAGUGGCAGUGUUGGAUUAUUUGUUCCUAGGGUAGGGCUCAAAGUUGGCUUCUGGUGGAUGAUUGUCGUGCCCAGCCCGAGGUGGCUCAGGAGUCCAGCUGCUGGCACAUCCAAAUUUGAAUGGGCCCCUCUGAGGGGGCCAUGGACAGCUGACCCCAAAUUGAUGCUUUUUUUAGGGUGUAGUUCACACAUCCCCCGCUCAGUUAACUUCUUGGUGCUGACAUGGAAGUUCAUGAGCUGUAUUCUCAGCCAGAAUUAUGAAUGGGAUCUGUCAGAGCCCUGUACAGCAGCAUUAAUGGUUGGAAUUUGAACCACACAAGGCAGGACUUCCACUAGUUACAGCUGGUAAACCGAGGUGUAAAGGGCUUUUAAAGAAUUAUUUUUUUCUUACCUGGUUUCUGUUGGUCAAUUCUGCUCCUCAGAUUCAUGAUUCUAACUUCUAACAAAGCUGGUAAUACGUUCUGACUUACAGGUUUAAUUAGACUUUAAUGGAUCAAGGUUCAACGAGCAGGAGGUGGUUUUCCCUUGGGAACAGGAAUUUUAACUCUUACCCUUCCUAUCAUGUUUUCACCCUGUCUGGUUUAUAACAGUUGAAAGUUGUGUUGUGCUUAAUAAAGCAAAGUGCUCCUGCUUGGAGAGUGUUGGGAUCUUGGCAGUGCUGCGUGUCCCACUUUGGAGAAUCAGGAUUGGAUGGUGCAGCUCCAGUCGGCGACGCCGGAUCGGGAAUCGGGAUGCAAGGAUGGGCUUUUGCACUGUUACUUUUCCUUUGGAAUGUGAAGGUUGGAAUGAGGGUUUUGAUUCUUUUUUUUUUUUUUUUUUUUAAUGUUUCGACGUCUUUGAGAAGCCUUGCUUACAUUUUAUGGUGUAGUCAUUGGAAAUGGAAAAAUGGCAUUAUAUAUAUUGUGGCAUCGUUCGCAGGGGUCCCAGGAUGAGGGAAGAGACGAGAAAGUUGACUCCAUGUUUCAGAAGGCUUGAUUUAUUAUUUUAUGAUAUAUAAUAUAUUAAAACUAUACUAAAAGAAUAGAGGAAAGGAAUUCAUCAGAAGGCUAAGCUAAGAAUAGAAAAGGAAGGAAUAACAAAGGCUUGUCUCUGACCGAGACAGUCUGGGCAGGUGAACUGUGAUUGGCCCUUAAUUGGAAACAACCAGAUGAGACCAAUCACAGAUUCCCCCUGUUGCAUUCCACAGCAGCAGAUAAGAAUUGUUUACAGUUUGUUCCUGAGGCCUCUCAGCUUCUCAGGAGGGAAAAAUCCUAAGGAAAGGAUUUUUCAUAGAACAUGUCGGUGACAAUAUAUAUAUAUAUUAUAUAUAUAAAUAUAUAUUAUACAUACUCUCCUAUACUUUAUUUCAGUUACCACCCCCAUAGAAGUUGACAAGAAUUGCUAUGACUGAAAGGUUUUUGAGUCCUUACUAAAACUUUAUUUAUGACAGUAUUCAUAAUUAGCUUGAGCUGCAUUCUGUAGGUAAUCUUUCCUUGAGUUUCCAGACUGUACGCUUCAGCCUGUUGGGAUGUGCAAGAGCUUACAUGUCUGAAACUACUUGAAGGCAUCACUUUGGUAAGAGCUUAACUGUAAGGCCCUGAAGCAUCCCCUGGGCUCGGGCAGCCCCAGUGGAAAUCUUUGCCACAGCUCCUCCAGGGCAGCUGUGCAAAUCAGCCUCCAGAUUCCUCCCCAGGGCACACAUUGUAAACUGAAGUGGAGUUUACAUGCAGCAUCAAAAUUAGCUUUCCAAAUUCAAAACAAAACAAAAAACCACCUUGAAAUAAUCCAAAAAGAGGAUGCUGGUGUGCAAGUUCCAUGUUUAGUCCUAGCAAAUGUGUGCAAUAUGUUAACGAUGCCUGUGGUUGCCACGAAGUGCCUCGUUUACCUUCUCAAUACUGUUGGAAAGUGUCGUGCAUGCAGAUGGAUGGGGUGGGACUGUGCACUAAAAGGGGCUCCAACUGCAGCGUUUUGGCAGAGCUGCCUUUCUCUGCCACUUCAAAUUUUCCAGUCUGUUUUCAUAUAGCAUAUAUAUAUAUAGAUACUAAAAGAAAAAAAAAAAAAUCAGUCUGUUAAGCAGCCUUACUCUGAUUCAGCCUCUUCAAAUACUAUUGUGCUGUGCAACAGUGGCUCUGUGUGUAACUGAGAAUACACAAAAACCAAGUAUGACAUGUACAGGAUAAUGCCUCAUACAAAUCAGAUGUCCGUUUGUUAUUGUGUUUAACAACCCUUUAUCUCUUAGUGUUAAAACUCCACUUAAAACUGAUUAAAGUCUCAUUCUUGUCA